UUACGGCUUCGGCUUCUCUCCGGCGAUAAACAACCCGCUCCUGUAUAAAUAGCCCCAACUGGGAACGGUGCCUCACACAGAGCAGCAGACGCCCAAGGAGCUGGUUGGAACGAGCUGCAAGAUGAGAGCCCUCGCCGUGAUCUUCGCCUUGGUGCUCCUCACCGGAACCCAGGCUCGGCACUUCUGGCAACGCGAUGAGCCCCAGAAGACCCACAUCGAGCACGUCCGGGACCUACUCGAGACCUACAAACACGCCCUGGCAGUUGGAAUCAGUGAAAUUGCGACUCAAAUCGAUGCCUCCAGCAUAGGCCGGCAGCUCGAGCUGAAGGUUGCCGAGCGACUGGAGAGCCUGAAGAGCGCUGCAGCCGAGUUCCGGACGGAGCUGGGCCCCGAGUUGGAAGCCUUAUGGACGGAGUUGAGGACCGACUGGGAGGAGCUGAAGAAGGAGCUGUCCAAGGACGUGGAGGAGGUGACGGCCAAGGUCCAGCCCAUCUUUGACGACUUUGGCAAGAAGAUGCAGCAGGAGGUGGAGGAGUACCGCAAACAGGUGGCGCCCUUGAGCGGGGAGCUGCGAGAGCAGAUGCAGCAGGUCCUGAACACCAUCCAGCAGAAGCUGAGCCCCGUGGCCGAGGGAGCCCGCGACAGGAUCCGCGGCCACGUGGAUGAGUUGCGCCAGAAGCUGGCCCCCCACAACGAAGAGCUGUACCGGCUGUCGCUCCAGAAGCUGCAGGAGCUGCGGGAGCAGAGCGCCACGGAACUGGCUGAGUACCAGGUGCAGGCCCAGAAGCACGUCGACACCUUGCGGGAGAAGCUCCCCACCCUGAUAGAGAAGUUCCGGGAGGAAGUGGCGCCAGCCGUGGACACGAUCAAGGACGCCUUCAAGGCCGUGGUGAGCAGCCUUCAAGCCGCCCUGGAAGACGAGCUGCAGAAGGAGCAGCCGCCGCAGCCGCAGGAAGCCGCCUAGGGGCCUGCCCCCCCCCUCUUGCAGGGCCCCAGGGACCGGCCGCCUGGGCCUGCCCCCCCCCUCGCUCAGGGUGCCCCUGGAUCAAGCACUGCUGGCCCAUGCGGAUAUUUAUCACUGCCCUUAUUUAGGCACCAAACCCUUGGUGGGUUGUAGACGGGGACGGAGAGGACGGGUUCGCAACCCCCCCCUUGAAUAGAGUUAGAGGCUGGAAGUCCCCAGAGCGGAGAUUCUACGCCCCCCCCCCCGACACACACUCUCACACACACCACCAGUGCCUCUCUCUAAUGCUCCUUUUUUUCUGUUCUGUUCUUGUCAAAUAAAGAGCAACCCUAAGGCCUGGA